AGCGGCGGACGGCGGCUGCGCGCCCCGCUGUGCUCCCGGGCACUUGCCCGGCUCCUGCUCGCUCCUGGGAAUCGGCUGUGCGGCUGACACUCGGUAGCCCUGACUCUCCACGACUCUGGAGACGCACGCGAGUGGACCAGGUCCCCAGGGACGCGGCACUCCCGCCCCGCCGCACGACUGGCUGGAGAUCUAAGGGCACAGAAAACACUCAAACUGGAAUUUUAAAUCCCUGCACAUUAACAAUAAGCCACAAGUCGCAGAAUGUGAUCCCGAACAAAAUCCUUCUAAAAAAAUUAGCUUCAGGCAACAGAGAAAAGAAGAAAACGGACCUGUUGUUUUGAAAUACUGGUGUUAAACAAACUGUUCUUGUAGGAAAUUACAACUGGAAAGUUUUCUUUGGCUCUUAAUAUACCUGAAUGAAAGGAACUGUCAGCUUGCUUCGCACAAAGACUGGAAUUAUCUGAGAUUAUCUGUUGUCUGGAAAUGACAUCCAGGGAAGGCAACACAGAAGAAUAGCUGAAUGAACGACAGUGGUCAAGAUGACGUCCGAAGAAAUGGCCGCUUCUGUCCUCAUCCCUGUGACUCAAAGGAAAGUGGCUUCUGCCCAGUCGGUGGCAGAAGAGAGGAGUGUAAAGGUCUCAGAUGCGGGGAUUCCUCGGGCACGUGCUGGCAGGCAGGGUGCACUCAUCCCUCCUACCAUCUCACAGUGGAACAAACAUAAGGAAGAGUCUUCUAGAAGUGAUUUGUCCAAGGUCUUCUUAAUAGCGAGGGGGGAACUAGCCGGCGAUGAGAAUCACAACGAAGAGGGCUGGGAGGAAAACGCACCGGACUCUACGGAAAACCACGGGAUGAACUGCAACAGCUUCGUGCAAAGCCACCAGCACCAGUUUCCCCAGAGCCAGCUUUGUGAAGCCCGUGACUCUGUCACAGAAGACCCGUGUUUGCAGCCUGGAAUUCCUUCUCCACUGGAAAGGAAGGUGCUCCCUGGAAUUCAACUGGAGAUGGAGGACUCUCCCAUGGACGUGAGCCCUGCGGGAAGUCAGCCUGGGAUCAUGGAGUCCAGCAGACCUCACUCUGACCGCAACACGGAGGUAUUUCACUUCCAUUAUGAAGCUGACAGGACAAUGUCGGAUGCUUUUCAUACCCUGUCAGAAAACCUGAUUUUGGAUGACUGUGCAAAUUGUAUUACUCUUCCUGGGGGGCAGCAAAAUAAAAAUUGCAUGGCGUAUACUUGCAAACUGGUGGAGUUGACAAGAACCUGUGGAAGUAAGAAUGGGCAAGUCCAGUAUGAGCACUGUACCUCCAUGCGCGAUGAAUACCUGUGCUUUGAAAGCUCCUGCCCAAAGGCCGAUGAGGUCUGCUCAGGUGGUAGCUUUUGCGAGGACAGCUUUGCUCACGGUCCUGCUGCCAAGACUUUUCUGAGCCCUCUGGAGGAUUUCUCUGACAAUUGUGAAGACGUAGACGAUUUUUUUAAAAGCAAAAAGGAGCGGUCCACUUUGUUAGUCCGGAGGUUUUGUAAAAAUGACAGGGAAGUUAAGAAGUCUGUGUAUACUGGGACCAGAGCCAUCAUGAGAACUCUGCCUUCUGGCCGUAUUGGGCCGGCUGCUUGGAAUUACGUUGAUCAGAAGAAAGCUGGUCUCCUAUGGCCUUGUGGGAAUGUAAUGGGAACUCUGUCAGCAAUGGACAUAAGGCAAAGUGGGAGCCAAUGUCUGUCUGAAGCCCAGUGGUGCCUGAUCUACAGUGCCGUGAGAAGAGGGGAAGAAAUAGAAGAUACGGUUGGAUCUCUUCUCCAUUGCUCCACACAGCUCCCAAACUCUGAGACAGCCCAUGGAAGGAUUGGAGAUGGUCCCUGCUUAAAGCAGUGUGUACGAGACACUGAAUGUGAGUUCCGUGCUACCCUCCAAAGGACAUCCAUAGCUCAGUACAUCACCGGUUCUCUCCUAGAGGCAACUACAUCUUUAGGAGCAAGAAGUGGCCUUCUCAGCUCCUUCGGAGGAUCCACUGGACGAAUAAUGCUGAAAGAACGCCAACCGGGCACCUCUAUGGCCAAUUCCAAUUCUGUUCCUUCAAGUUCAGCUGGAAUCAGCAAGGAGCUGAUUGAUCUCCAGCCCCUCAUUCAGUUCCCGGAGGAAGUAGCCAGCAUCCUAACAGAACAGGAACAGAACAUUUACCGCAGGGUCCUGCCCAUGGACUACCUCUGUUUCUUAACCCGGGACUUGAGUUCACCUGAAUGCCAGAGAUCACUGCCCCGUCUCAAAGCAUCCAUCUCAGAAUCCAUCCUCUCGUCUCAAAGUGGAGAACGCAAUGCCCUUGAAGACCUUGUGAUGAGAUUUAACGAGGUGAGCUCCUGGGUAACAUGGCUGAUCCUCACGGCAGGCUCCAUGGAGGAGAAGCGGGAAGUCUUCUCUUAUUUGGUGCACGUGGCCAAAUGCUGCUGGAACAUGGGCAACUACAACGCUGUCAUGGAGUUCCUGGCUGGCCUCAGGUCAAGGAAAGUUCUAAAGAUGUGGCAGUUCAUGGACCAGUCUGACAUCGAGACCAUGCGGAGCCUGAAGGAUGCCAUGGCCCAGCAUGAGUCUUCCGUGGAGUACAAGAAGGUAGUGACCCGAGCCUUGCACAUCCCCGGCUGUAAAGUGGUCCCCUUCUGUGGGGUGUUCCUGAAGGAGCUCUGUGAGGUGCUUGAUGGUGCCUCUGGCCUCCUGAAGCUCUGCCCACGGUACAGCUCCCAAGAAGAAGCUCUGGAGUUUGUAGCCGAUUACAGUGGACAAGAUAACUUCCUACAACGAGUGGGACAGAAUGGCUUAAAGAAUUCAGAGAAGGAGCUCACGGUCAACAGCAUCUUUCAGGUCAUCCGGAGCUGCAGCCGAAGUUUGGAGAUGGAGGAGGAAGACAGCGCCAGUGAAGGGAGCGGCUCUAGAAAAAACUCCCUGAAGGACAAAGCCCGAUGGCAGUUUAUAAUUGGAGAUUUGCUGGAUUCAGAAAAUGACAUCUUUGAGAAGUCCAAAGAGUGUGACCCCCAUGGAUCCGAGGAGUCACAGAAAGCCUUUGACCAUGGGACAGAGCUUAUCCCAUGGUAUGUGCUGUCCAUCCAAGCGGAUGUGCACCAGUUCCUAUUGCAGGGGGCCACAGUCAUCCACUAUGACCAGGACACACAUCUCUCGGCCCGCUGCUUUCUCCAGUUGCAGCCUGACAAUAGCACGUUGACCUGGAUGAAACCUCCCACUGCCUCCCCAGCCGGCUCCAGACCCAAGCUCGGUGUGCUUAGUAACAUGGCCGAGCCCGGCAAGUUCCCAUCCCCAGGCAACGCCGGGGUGAGCGGCCUGGCAGAGGGAAUUCUGGAUCUGUUCUCAGUGAAGGCUGUGUACAUGGGACACCCUGGCAUUGAUAUACACACUGUGUGUGUCCAGAACAAACUUAGUAGCAUGCUUCUAUCAGAGACGGGGGUCACACUGCUCUAUGGGCUUCAGACCACGGACAAUAGAUUACUGCACUUUGUGGCGCCAAAGCACACCGCUGAGAUGCUUUUCAGUGGAUUGCUGGAACUCACUACAGCUGUGAGAAAGAUAAGGAAGUUCCCUGACCAACGACAGCAGUGGCUUCGGAAACAGUAUGUCAGCCUCUAUCAGGAGGAUGGACGGUAUGAAGGCCCAACCUUGGCACAUGCUGUGGAGUUGUUUGGUGGUAGGCGGUGGAGCACUAGAAACCCCAGCCCUGGAAUGUCAGCAAAGAAUGCUGAGAAGCCCAACAUGCAGAGAAACAACACCCUGGGCAUAAGCACCACCAAGAAAAAGAAGAAAAUGCUCAUGAGGGGAGAGAGUGGAGAAGUGACGGACGAUGAGAUGGCUACCCGCAAGGCCAAAAUGUACAGAGAGUGUCGCAGCCGGAGCGGCUCUGAUCCUCAAGACGUUAACGAACAAGAAGAGUCGGAGGCCAAUGUCAUCACUAACCCUCCCAACCCCCUCCAUUCCAGAAGAGCCUACUCUUUGACCACAGCUGGGUCCCCCAACUUGGCUACCGGCAUGUCAUCUCCCAUCAGGCCAGUCUCUUCCCCUGUGCUGUCUUCUUCAAACAAGAGUCCAUCCAGUGCCUGGAGCAGCAGCAGCUGGCAUGGGCGAAUCCGAGGAGGAAUGAAAGGUUUCCAGAGCUUCAUGGUCUCCGACAGUAACAUGAGUUUCGUUGAAUUCAUCGAGCUGUUCAAAUCAUUCAGCAUCAGGAGCCGCAAGGACCUGAAGGACAUCUUUGACAUCUACUCCGUACCCUGCAAUCGGUCUGCCUCGGAGUCAGCCCCACUCUACACCAACCUGACAAUCGAAGAAAAUACCAGUGAUCUUCAGCCUGACCUAGAUUUGCUGACUAGAAACGUCUCCGACCUGGGGCUGUUCAUUAAAAGUAAACAGCAGCUUUCUGACAACCAGAGGCAGAUAUCUGAUGCUAUCGCUGCUGCAAGCAUCGUGACCAAUGGUACUGGGAUUGAAAGCACGUCCCUGGGCAUAUUUGGAGUUGGCAUACUCCAGCUCAAUGACUUCCUGGUAAAUUGCCAAGGAGAACACUGCACGUAUGAUGAAAUCCUGAGCAUCAUCCAGAAAUUUGAGCCUAGCGUCAGCAUGUGUCAUCAAGGCCUACUGUCAUUUGAAGGGUUUGCAAGGUUUCUGAUGGAUAAAGACAAUUUCGCCUCAAAAAAUGAUGAGUCACGGGAGAACAAGAAAGAACUGCAGCUACCCCUCUCUUACUAUUAUAUAGAAUCUUCACACAACACCUACCUCACCGGCCAUCAGCUCAAGGGGGAGUCCUCUGUGGAGCUCUAUAGCCAGGUCCUCCUGCAAGGAUGUAGAAGCAUAGAGCUGGACUGCUGGGACGGAGAUGAUGGGAUGCCCAUCAUCUAUCAUGGGCAUACACUGACAACCAAGAUCCCCUUCAAGGAAGUGGUGGAAGCCAUCGAUCGCAGUGCCUUCAUCACCUCAGACCUGCCAAUCAUCAUAUCCAUUGAGAACCAUUGUUCAUUGCCUCAACAACGAAAAAUGGCAGAAAUUUUCAAGAGUGUGUUUGGAGAAAAGCUGGUGGCUAAGUUCUUAUUCGAGACCGAUUUCUCAGAUGACCCAAUGCUUCCCUCACCUGAUCAACUUAGAAGGAAAGUACUCCUUAAAAACAAGAAGCUAAAGGCCCAUCAGACACCUGUCGACAUCCUAAAACAAAAGGCUCAUCAGUUAGCAUCCAUGCAAGCACAGGCUUUCACUGGUGGGAAUGCCAACCCGCCACCUGCCAGUAAUGAGGAAGAGGAAGAUGAGGAGGAUGAAUACGAUUAUGAUUACGAGUCCCUUUCCGAUGCAGAUAUCCUUACUGCUUCCCCUGUUCCUAACAGUCAGGAAGACAAUAUUCUGGAAGACAGACCUGAGAACAAAUCAUGCGCUGACAAGCUUCAGUUUGAGUACAAUGAAGAGGUCCCCAAGAGGAUAAAGAAAGCAGACAACUCCUCUGGCAAUAAGGGAAAGGUGUAUGACAUGGAACUGGGAGAGGAGUUUUACCUUCCUCAGAACAAGAAGGAAAGCAGGCAGAUUGCACCGGAGCUUUCUGACCUCGUCAUUUAUUGCCAGGCAGUAAAAUUCCCAGGCCUGUCAACUCUAAAUUCAUCUGGCUCUAGCAGAGGGAAAGAAAGGAAAAGCAGGAAGUCCAUUUUUGGCAACAAUCCUGGCAGAAUGAGCCCCGGGGAGACAGCGCCAUUUAACAGAACAUCUGGAAGAGGUUCCUGUGAAGGGAUGCGACAAACCUGGGAGGAAUCUUCUCCACUCAGCCCAAGCACAUCCCUCAGCGCUAUCAUUAGGACUCCUAAAUGCUAUCACAUCUCCUCACUGAACGAGAACGCCGCCAAACGUCUGUGCCGAAGGUGUUCUCAGAAACUGAUCCAGCACACCGCUUAUCAGCUGCUGAGGACCUACCCGGCAGCGACCAGAAUCGACUCCUCCAAUCCCAACCCCAUCAUGUUCUGGCUCCAUGGGAUACAGCUUGUAGCUCUAAACUACCAGACCGAUGACCUUCCUUUACAUUUAAACGCCGCCAUGUUUGAGGCAAAUGGUGGGUGUGGUUAUGUUUUGAAGCCCCCUGUCCUGUGGGAUAAAAGCUGUCCCAUGUACCAGAAGUUUUCUCCACUGGAAAGAGACCUAGACACCCUGGAUCCUGCUAUCUAUUCUUUAACUAUCAUCUCUGGCCAGAAUGUGUGCCCUAGUAACAGCACCGGAAGUCCAUGCAUUGAAGUUGACGUCUUGGGCAUGCCCCUGGACAGCUGCCAUUUCCGCACAAAACCCAUCCAUCGAAACACUCUGAACCCCAUGUGGAAUGAGCAGUUUCUCUUCCGGGUUCACUUUGAAGAUCUUGUAUUUCUUCGUUUUGCAGUUGUGGAAAACAACAGUUCGGCGAUAACGGCUCAGAGAAUCAUUCCACUCAGAGCUUUAAAACGAGGAUAUCGACAUCUUCAGCUGCGGAACCUCCACAAUGAAAUCUUGGAAAUCUCUAGCUUAUUCAUAAACAGCAGAAGGAUGGAAGAAAACCCCUCUGGCAGUUCCAUGCCAGCCUCGUUGAUGUUUAAUACUGAAGAGAGGAAAUGUUCUCAGACUCACAAAGUCACAGUGCAUGGUGUCCCAGGUCCAGAGCCCUUUGCUGUUUUCACUAUAAAUGAAGGCACCAAGGCAAAGCAGCUUCUCCAACAGGUUUUGGCGGUUGACCAAGACACCAAACGUACUGCCACAGACUAUUUUCUGAUGGAAGAGAAACAUUUUAUAUCUAAGGAAAAGAAUGAAUGCAGGAAACAACCAUUCCAGAGAGCUGUGGGUCCAGAAGAAGAUGUUGUGCAGAUUUUAAACAGCUGGUUCCCAGAAGAAGGCUACGUAGGCAGGAUUGUCUUAAAGCCCCAAGAGGAAACCCUAGAAGAGAAAAGCAUUGUCUUCGACGACAAAGAGGUGAUCUUGAGCUCGGAGGAGGAGAGUUUCUUUGUGCAAGUGCAUGAUGUCUCUCCAGAGCAACCUCGAACUGUCAUCAAAGCCCCACGGGUCAGCACUGCACAGGAUGUAAUUCAGCAGACCUUAUGCAAAGCCAAAUAUUCCUACAGCAUUCUGAACAACCCCAACCCAUGUGACUAUGUGCUUUUGGAAGAGGUGAUGAAAGAUGCUCCUAAUAAGAAGUCUUCUACCCCAAAGUCCUCACAGAGGAUCCUCUUGGACCAAGAAUGUGUGUUUCAAGCCCAAAGCAAGUGGAAGGGUGCAGGGAAAUUCAUCCUUAAGCUAAAGGAGCAGGUACAGGCAUCCCGAGAAGACAAAAGGAGGGGUAUCUCCUUUGCAAGUGAACUCAAGAAACUCACUAAGUCCACUAAGCAGUCUCGAGGGCUCACAUCACCUCCUCAGCUUGUGGCCUCAGAAAGUGUUCAAAGCAAGGAGGAGAAACCCGUGGGUGCCUUGGCCUCUAGUGACACAGUGGGUUACCAGCAGCAGUGAGCAAGUGCGGCAUAUUUGUUCCAGGGAUAUGAAGGGGGAGGUCCUUGAUGAGGCGCUAUCAAGAACGAACGUGGGGGGAAGAAAGAUACUUUACCUCCAUCACAUUUAAACUGGAAAUGGAUGAUUUCUCAACUGCAACCCUCUUCACACCCGAUGGGAGGUUCAUGCCGAGGACAAGCAAAAAAAAAAAAAAAAAAAAAAAAAAA